CCCCUUCAACACAAGCAGCAACUGCCUGACUGACUGACUGACUGACUGACUGCCUGACUGACUGACUGACUGACCAGAGCUGUCCAGCUGCCUGAAGCAGAGAGCCUUGCUGUGUGGAUGUGUGCAGCCCUCUGUGGACUUGGUGGGAGGGGGGAGAAGUUUCCCCAAAGACAAGCUUGGAUCACUGAGAGAGACGAUGCCUUCCUCCUCUAACCCAGUCUCACAAGCUGCUCAGUGGAUUUGCUGAUUCCCGAAAUUAUUUUCUGCAAGUUUAUUCAGUCGGACUGAGGAGAGAUUUUGAGCCAGAGGAUGCUCCCACAGGUCAUUCGGAUUCUGUAUGUCUUGUCUUUCUGCUUUUUCCAAGGAGGCUUUAUCAGACUGAGCUCCUGUAAGGAGGAGAUAAAGCCCCCCAGCAGGGCAGGACCACAGCUGUCGCCUUCUGACUUCCUGGACAAGCUCAUGGGGAGAACGUCAGGCUAUGAUGCGCGCAUCAGACCCAACUUCAAAGGUCCACCUGUGAAUGUCACCUGUAAUAUUUUCAUCAACAGCUUUGGGUCCAUCACAGAAACGACAAUGGACUACAGGCUCAAUGUAUUUCUACGGCAAAACUGGAAUGACCCUCGUCUGGCAUACAGCGAAUACCCAGAUGACUCCCUUGAUCUGGAUCCAUCCAUGUUGGACUCUAUCUGGAAACCUGAUUUAUUCUUUGCAAACGAGAAAGGAGCCAAUUUCCACGAGGUCACCACUGAUAACAAGCUGCUACGGAUUUUCCAAGAUGGCAGCGUUUUGUAUAGCAUCAGGCUGACUCUUACCCUGUCCUGCCCUAUGGACUUGAAGAAUUUCCCAAUGGAUAUUCAGACCUGUACCAUGCAGCUUGAAAGCUUUGGUUACACCAUGAAUGACUUGAUCUUUGAGUGGCUGUCUGACAACCCUGUUCAGGUGGCUGAUGAUCUCACCCUCCCACAGUUUGUGCUAAAAGAGGAGAAGGAUCUGGGCUACUGCACAAAGCAUUAUAACACAGGUAAAUUCACCUGUAUUGAGGUGAAGUUCCACCUGGAGCGUCAAAUGGGCUACUAUUUGAUCCAGAUGUACAUCCCUUCCCUCCUCAUUGUUAUCCUGUCAUGGGUAUCUUUCUGGAUAAACAUGGAUGCUGCACCUGCCAGAGUUGGUCUGGGCAUCACCACUGUGCUGACGAUGACCACACAGAGCUCUGGUUCCAGAGCCUCACUGCCCAAGGUGUCCUAUGUAAAGGCCAUUGACAUUUGGAUGGCAGUGUGUCUUCUGUUCGUGUUUGCUGCCCUGCUGGAGUAUGCAGCUGUCAACUUUGUCUCAAGGCAACACAAGGAGUUCAUCAGAUUGAGGAAAAAGCAACGACAGCAAAGAAUAGAGGAGGAACUGAUGAGGGAGAGCCGUGGUUUUUACUUCCGGGGUUAUGGACUUGGUCACUGCCUGCAGACCAAGGAUGGUGCCGCUGUGGAAGGCGCCACUGUGUUCGCCCCCCCACCUCCAGUUACCCUGUACGAUGGAGAGGUACUUCACAAGCGUUUUGUGGACCGGGCCAAGCGCAUUGACACCAUAUCCAGAGCCGUCUUUCCCUUGAGCUUCCUCAUAUUCAACAUCUUCUACUGGGUCACCUACAAAGUGCUGCGACACGAAGACAUCCAUGCAAAUUUGUAAAAGGCUCUCUGAUAACAACAGAUGCUACAUUUUAGUUAUUUGUUUUUCUCUCAGAACCAAAACUGCCCGUCAGAUCUACAUUACAAUGAGGAAAUGCGGCAAGAGGCAGAUCUGCUUCUUAAAACCACUGCUAAAAAAAAAAAAAAAACUUUGUGCUCAGGUGCGUCUUCAGGAUCUCAGAAGAAGAGGAAAGACGAGGUCAAGCUGCGAGGAUUCAGGCUGCUGUUGUUUGUGGUUGGCCUCUGUAUCCGUCUAGGUUCGAUUUGUCCAGAUUACAACAGAGACAAAACACUGCUGGCACUCGUGACGUUUGUUUGAGAUGAGGAGAGUUCAGAGAAGUCCAUUUUGAUCCUGGCUGGAUGAGAUAUACUGACUUGAAUUUUGACACUACGCAUCUCUGAAUGUUUUUGAAAAUUAAAAAAAGAAAUACUGGGAUUUUUUAUUGCACCUUUAGAUUAUCAAAUGGGUACAAAUGGGUUUGGGAGGGGAAAGGGUCUUUAUGAAUAUUCAAGAGGUGGUGAUAAUUCAGUUUAGCUACUUGUAACAAGAGAUUAUAUAUAUAUCUAUAACAGUGUAUAAAGUGUAUAUAAACAAAUCUGUUCAUUAAACUGCACAAAGCACAAGUAUGUAUUUCCUUUUGUCUAAAUUUAAAUAAAUUGUUAUUCUGCCAGGAAAUCAGAAAUGAUUUUGCUUCUCUUUGGCUUGAAGAUUCAGUUGAUUGGUUUGAAAAACGACACAGAGGUCACGUGCACAGACAUGCUUUUUCAAGUGUAUAAGAAAUUCACUCACAGA